GCUGUGUCCAGGGAGGCUCUGGGCUGCGUCCGUGUGUCUACUGGGUGGUCCGUGUGUCCAGCACUGCCCAGCGAGUCUCAGGGCCCUGUCCGUGUGUCCAGCACUGCCCAGUGCUGUGUCCAGGCAUUCGCAGGGCCCUGUCCGUGUGUCCAGCACUGACCUGCGCUGUGUCCAGAGAGUUUCGAGGCCCUGUCCGUGUGUCCAUCCAUGUCCAGCCCCAACCCCUCCUACAUCCAUCCCCAUCCCCACAUCCAUCACCCCCGCGCGUCCGGCACUGCCCCUCCCCUCUCCCCUCCGGCCGCGCUGACCGCCGCGUGUCCCCGCAGGGAGGAGAAGCCCGAGGAGAACCUGCAGCGUCCGGCCAAGGCCAAGAAGCCCAAGAAGGAGCGCAAGGAGCCGGAGCCGGCGCAGCCCACGGCCGAGCCCGCCGAGGCCGGCAAGGCCGAGAGCUCAGAGGGGGCCGGAGCCGCUCCGGCCGCCCCGGAGGCGUCGGCGUCGCCGAAGCAGCGCCGGUCAAUCAUCCGCGACCGCGGGCCCAUGUACGACGACCCCACGCUGCCCGAGGGCUGGACGCGCAAGCUCAAGCAGCGCAAGUCCGGCCGCUCGGCCGGCAAGUACGACGUCUACCUGAUCAACCCGCAGGGAAAAGCCUUCCGCUCCAAGGUGGAGCUGAUCGCCUACUUCGAGAAGGUGGGGGACACCUCGCUGGACCCCAACGACUUCGACUUCACGGUGACCGGCCGGGGCAGCCCCUCGCGCCGCGAGCAGCGCCCGCCCAAGAAGCCCAAAUCGCCCAAAGGCCCCGGCACCGGCCGCGGCCGGGGGAGGCCAAAGGGCAGCGGCGGCGGCGGCGGCAGCGCCCGGCCCAAAGCGGCGGCGGCCGUGUCCGAGGGGGGCUCCGCGGCCAAACGGGCGCUGGAGAAGCCCCCCGGGAAGCUGCUGGUCAAGAUGCCCUUCGCCCCCGGCCAGCCGGGCCCCGCCGCCCCUCCGGCCCCGCGGCGGCCGGGCCGUAAGCGCCGGGCCGAGCCGGACAGUCCGGCCGUGCCCAAGAAACGCGGCCGCAAACCGGCGGGGGCGGCGGGGCCGGGGGGGCCGGGCGGCCCCGACAAGAAGGCGGCCGCACCUCCGGCCGUGCAGGAGACCGUGCUGCCCAUCAAGAAGAGGAAGACGAGGGAGACGGUGGUGGUGGAACCGGUCAGCGCCGCGGCCGCCGCCACG